UCGGUUAAAGUGUUUAUUAUGAUCAGGCUGCCGUGUAAAUAGCCAGUGAAGUUUCGCGAAUACUCGACUCAAUUUAGAAUUUAACAAUGAUUCCAUUUUUACUAGUUGGAAUAGUGGUAUUAAUCGCCUUAUAUGUCUACUACCAGAAAACCUACAGGUAUUGGCAGAGGAUGGGUGUACAGCCAGUAUCCAACUACCCAUGCAUAUUUCUUGGGGACUUUUGGCCAAUUUUCCUUGGCCAAAUGAAUUUUAACGAUAUUAUGGACAAGUUUUACUAUAAAAGACCCACUGCAAGAUACGAAGCCGUAUACCAUCUAAUGACCCCCUCCUUAAUGAUUAGGGAUUGUGAACUCAUAAAGCAGCUCUUAGUCAAAGAAUUCGACUCUUUUACCGAUCAUUUUGACUUUGCCCCAUCGGAUGGACCUGAUGGAAUAUGGGGCCAAAACCUCCUCAAUUUAAAGGGCAAUAAAUGGAAGGAGAUGAGGUCAGUGCUAUCAGGGGCGUUCACUAGCAGCAAAAUGAAGGUUUUAUAUGGACUUAUAUCGCAGACCUCUGAGAAUUUCGUGGAGUAUUUUAAGGAAAGGGAGGAGGAGGAGGUGAUUGAGGUUGAAUUUAGGGACUGUUUUAGAAGGUUAAUGACGGAUAUCGUCGCUACUACCGCCUUUGGGAUCAAGGUUGACUCCUUAAGGGAUAGAAAUAAUGAAUUUUACGAACUAGGGAAGAAAGUUACGAAUUUUCAAGGAUUUGGCGUCGUUAUUAAGUUUUUUUUGUCGUUUUUGUUUCCGAAGCUCGCAUGGCAAUUGAACAUUGGACUUUUCCCCAAAGAUGCCACUGAAUACUUUUAUAAGGUGAUCGAUGAAACUUUAACUGCAAGAGAAAAACAAGGUAUUAUACGUCCUGACAUGCUUCAUUUACUCCUUCAAGUCAAGCACCGUUCGCAGCAGGAAGAGAAAACCGCCCCCAGUAAUCAAGAUGGAUUCGCAGUAGUAAAAGAGGAUUCGUUAAACUUCGGCAAUUCCCAAAAAACGAUCCAAAUCACCAACAAAAAUAUCGUUGCUCAAGCACUGACAUUUUUUGUCGCGGGCUUUGAGACAACUUCGAACGCCAUGUGCUUUACCGCUUACGAACUCGCAGUCAAUCCAGAAAUCCAGGAGAAAUUAAGAAAGGAAAUUGAGAAGACUUUGCAAGAAAAUGACGGGAAAAUUGAUUAUGAGGCUCUGAUCGGGAUGAAAUAUCUGGAUAUGGUAGUUACAGAAUCCUUAAGAAAAUGGCCUCCGAUCAUGGCAACUGACAGGGUGUGCGUGAAACCGUUUACUAUAACACCCACAAACACCAACGAAAUCCCCAUAACUGUACAACCAGAACAAAGAAUCCUAAUUCCGUUCCAGAGCAUCCAAAGGGACCCAAACCACUUUCCGGAUCCAGAAAAGUUCGAUCCAGAACGUUUCUCCGAUUUAAAUAAACACACUAUCCACCCCUACAGUUUCUUGAGCUUCGGGGUAGGUCCUAGGGGUUGUCUCGGGUCCAGAUUGGCUCUCCUUGAUAUUAAGACUAUACUGGUAUGGAUUUUAAGGAAUUUCCAGAUUGUCGCCACCGAUAAGACGCCUGUGCGUUUGGAGUUGGAUAAGAAGGCCAUCAGUACCAGCGUCAAAGGGGGUUUUCCUCUUGGAUUGAAACGAUUAAACCAGAAUAACUCCUAACUUAAAUAGAUAUCUCUGCGGUGUUUUUUUUACUAUUUUUCUCUUAACAGCAAUGAUUUUAAAUUAUUAAUUUAUUGCCUGUAAACAAUAAAAUACUAAUCUCAGCUGUGUUCUGGCAUCAAAAAUGUUUUUCUCAAUAGUAAUUUUAACCAGGAAUAAAUUCAUUAUCUUAGCAGA